CUUUUAUUUCAGAACGCAAGUUUCCAACACGUCACAUCCCGUUUUUCUAUUUCCUGUUACUUGUUGUCAGUGGUGAAGGUUGACAAGAAGCAGCCUCCCAGAACCGGCGUUGCCAAAUCCUCAGUUAUCGCGUUAAGGUCCUCAACUUGCGUUAUUUGGGGUGAUUUGGUCCACAAGAUUUGGCAACCGUCGGCCACAGCAAAGAGGCAAAUGCGGACUGCUUAGCUCCUUUGCUAGCAACAUACAUGUGGAGGGGAUCACAUCCCAAACUCUGCCCAAUUUCCCCUUUAAACUGCCAAAUAUCGUCAACUUCCCCUGUAUCCCUCACAACAAACGUGUAUUCAUCAACAUGAAAGGUAGCCGGAUCGAGUUGGGGGACGUUACUCCCCACAACAUUAAACAAUUGAAGCGUCUGAACCAAGUGAUAUUUCCUGUGAGCUACAAUGACAAAUUCUACAAAGAUGUUCUGGAGGUGGGAGAGCUCGCCAAGCUAGCAUACUUCAACGACAUUGCAGUCGGUGCCGUCUGCUGUAGAGUGGAUCACUCUCAGAAUCAGAAGCGACUCUAUAUCAUGACAUUGGGCUGUCUAGCACCUUACCGCAGACUUGGCAUAGGAACAAAAAUGCUGAACCAUGUGUUGAACAUUUGUGAGAAGGAUGGCACUUUUGACAACAUUUAUCUUCACGUGCAGAUUAGCAAUGAGUCUGCAAUUGACUUCUACCAGAAAUUUGGCUUUGAGAUCAUCGAGACAAAAAAGAACUAUUACAAGAGGAUAGAGCCAGCAGAUGCCCACGUUCUUCAGAAAAGCCUCCGCAGUCCAUGUGUGCCCCCAGCAGGAGAGCUACAGAAAGCUGACUAGGGGAUGAAGAAGACUCAAACUGGUCUAUCCCCAAAUGGAACUCUUAACAGAUGCCCCAGGGUUGACACACUCACCACUUUCUUCAGAGAACAUUUUAGACCGAAAAAAAGUCAAUUACAUAUUUGCUGCAUUUAUUGUGCAAAAUCCUUAGUCCCCCAAAAGUUGCAUUUUUUUUUAUUUGUUUCUUCAUUUAGAGCGUUGAAAUUAAAUGGAGGUUUUCAAGCAGAAUUCAUAAGUGCUCCAAAAAGCUGCUGACUUCUUAUUGAUCUGACAAGGUGAAGGUUAUGUUUGCAAAGCAUACUGUUUGCAUUUGUUGUAGAUUUGUUAAAGGUAAGGGGACAUAGCUUUGCUUGGACAAAACAAUAGAACUAAAGAGGUAAAGUCUUUCUCAAUAUGACUGUUGCCGACUCAAGAUGCCCUACUUGGCAGACCUUGGAGUAAUCGUUUGAGUCGUCAGUCAUUGAAUCGGAACACACGGAAUCCUCAGAACCCGAUAACCUGAGCCAUCGGACACACAGCAAGGAAAACUACUGGUGGCUGAGACUUCCUGUUUUACCAUACAGGCAAUAUGCAAUGUUGGAGUGUUGCAUAUGAUGCAAUGUCUCCCUGUGAUGUCAGCCGCCUCAUUCUGUCUUGAGGCAAAGCCAGUGAGGAAAAGGAGCACAGAGCCCCCUCGAACAAGAGAGUGGUAAUACUGUUUUAGUAUGGGGGAGGUUACGGAGAGCUGUUUUUGAAUGUUUAGUUUUUUCCGGCCCUUUAUUUAAUAACCCCCAUUUUUUAAAUUGUGGAUUGAGUCUGACUUUUUUCUGGGGUUUGUUCUAAUGCUGCUGGUGAGAUGAGUAAUUGUUUCAGAUAGCAAACGGGAAUGACUUUUAUGGGCCUUAAUGGUUGUGUUGAAUAUGGUGAAUGUGGUUCUGUAAUCAUUUUUAAACCACAACGUUAGAGGUUAGCACUGUGUGAUGUGAAAGUUUGACUUUUCAGGAUCUGAGUGUUUUUAAAUUUGAACCCUACCUUCUCACUCUUGAUAACACUUGCCGCAGAACUAAACUUAUUCUCCCACAGUGUGCGUUUCAGUGAUGUUCACUGAUUACCACCUAUUUUCCAUACACUAUGUGGGAGUGUUGCAGGUCAGUUAUUUAUACGGGACUUUAAGAUCCAGAUCCCAGGAAAAGGCCAGACUCGGUGCAUGCCAGGGGAGACAUGCCAUCUCCAUUGUAGUUAAAGCAUGUUUUUGGUUCCUCCUUUCUUUAGAAAAUUUUAUCUUUUUCUGGAGCUCUAUAUUGUAUGACUUUUAAACCUCUAAAUAAAAAAAUACUAUUUGCAUUA